UCUUAAGAAGUCACGAACCAAUCACCCAUUGUGGAUCGAGAUCGAAAUUUAGGCUUAAAAGCUCGAUCUCCUGAUUAAUCGGCCAAGCAAAAAUCCGAUUUAAAAUGUCGAUACAUCGGGGCGAAAUAUCGAUUCACGUUCAGAUCGUUUGAGAUCGCCCAUCUCUAAACGCAACCCAGGAGACAGUAUAGCGAUAACAUGGCCAAAGAGCGUGGCGUCUUGAAAAUAAUUUGGAACAGUUUUGUAUCCUCGCUGAAACCUCGCUUCGCCCGCCGCAAAUUGAUUGGCGAGGAUUAUUUUGGCACAAAGUACUAUGAGGAAGAUAUUCAGCAUUCCACCCGGAAAAGGCCACCGCGGUAUUUCGUUCCAGUGACCAAAGAAAACUUCGAGCAAGAGUUACCUGCGGAGUGGGAGGCCUGGUUGAGGUACCGUAGAAAAGAACCACCCACGCGAGAGGAAAUAGAAGCUAAUUACCAAUUGGCAAUAACUAAGAAGAAGAAUGCAGCAAAGCUUUUAAAUGAGAAUCGCUCAAAAAAUGAUACCACUAAUCUUCCCACAUCAUCUACUACUCAUACAACUACUCCGGGAAAUUUUCCAGUUUAUGAAGAUAUGAAAGGUUUUGGUAGUGAUUAUAAGCCAAAGGACUCCUACAAAGAAUAAUAAAUAAAGAAUA